AUGCUCUCCCUCUCCAGCGCCACAAGAGCGCUUCUCAGAGGCUCAGCAAGGACACCGACGAAGCCGUCCUCGGCCCUGGUCCGAGAUGCCUGCCGCUCCUCGUACCAUACCAGCCUACCCUGCUGCCAACAAGACGAUCCCUCAUCAUCGUCACCUUCAUCCUCCUCACCACCAUCAUCAUCGCCAUCAACGUCACCGUCAUCGCAGACGUCAUCCUCCUCGUCCACCGGCGUUCAGAUCGACCCCAAGACUGGCUUAGUCAUCCCCUACACGCCGGCCUUUGUCCCGCUCAAAAAGCCACGCGCGCCGCGCCGCACAAAGGAGGAAGUGUACAAGGAGCGGCAAGAACAGGCCGCCGCCAGAGAGGCGCGCAAGACGGCAAAGGCCAUCCGAGACCAGGCAAAGGCCGAAAAGGCGGCUCGCGACCAGGCACGCCUGGGUUUCGCCAGGUCGCGCACGACCAAGGCCCUCCAGGGCGCGGAUGCCGACGCGGCGGUAGAGGGCGGGUCGACUUCGGUGCUCUCGCCACCACCGCCGCCGCCAAUCGUCCUCACCGACGAAGAAGCGCUGGCCAAGAUGGAAGGAUACGCCCAUAUGCCCCCGCGCGACGAGUGGAAGGAGGCUUUCCCUAGCGGCAAGGCGGCCAGCACCCAGUACCGCUACUUCACCGCCAACCGCGACACCCUCGCUGGCAUGGUCGACGCGCUGCGCAUCGGCUCCGACCUGGCACCCGGCCAGAAGGCCACCGUCAUCGAGGGCUAUCCGGGCCCCGGCACCUUUACCAGCGAGCUCGUCAAGCACCCCGCCGUUGAAAAGGUCAUCGCCCUCGAGUCGGCGCCGAGCUACCUGGCGGCGCUGCGCAACCUCCAGGGCCAGCUGGCGUCCGAGGGUCAGCCGGGCAAGCUCGACAUCGUCGAGGGCUCGGCCUACGAUUGGGAGACGUACAACCACAUGAUCACCCAGGGCUGCCUGUCACACCUCCAGGGCAAGGUGCCCUUCAGCGACGACGGCGCCACCGUCGACUUUUCCAACGACGCAGGUCUGCCCGUCGGCCACGGUGAUCUCUCCUGGCGCGACCCGUCGCCCCUCUACUUUUUCGCCCACCUGCCCAACACGGUCCACGGCGAGCAGCUGUUUGCCCAGAUCAUCCACGCCAUCGCCUCGCGCCUCUGGCUCUUCCGCUUCGGCCGCCUCCGCCUCGGCUUCGUGUGCGGCGAGCCGCUGGUCAAGCGCUGCAUGGGCAUGGCCGGCGACCGCAACAACCGCGGCAAGCUGGGCACCACGCUCCAGUGCCUCGCCGACAUCGAGGUGCACUACGACUCGUCGCAGCUCUCGCCCCACCACCACCACUUUUUCCCAUCGACCCUCGCCAUCGGGCCGCGCGUGCCCGUGUCGAGCGUGACCCACAUCCCCAACUCGAACUCGUCGACGGGCCUCAGCCGCACCGGCAUGGCCAUGAUGACGUUGACGCCCAAGCGCGAGCCCCUCUUUGGCCAGCGCGAUCUCGAGGCGUUUGAGUUUGUCACGCGCAACCUCUUUGUGCUCAAGUCCAAGUCGGUGCGCGAGGCCAUGACCCACAUCGCGCCAGGCGGGCAGAACGUGCUCCGCAUGCUCGGUCCCGACAAGGCCGACCAGGGCCUCAUCCGCCGCGACGAGGUCAUCGACCCCGAGACCAAGGUCAUCGACCUGACCAACGUCCAGUGGGCCGGCCUCUCGCGGACGUUUGAAAAGUGGCCCUUCCGACCAGAGCACCUGUUCGAGAUGGGCAGGAUGAAGACGGAGAAGAGGGGUCGCUGA